AUGAGUCUUCAAUUUCGCGGAAAUACAAUCCCAGUAACAGCUGCAACAACACCAGAUAUUGAAGUUGCAUUGAUGACAGAUCUCGUUAAGAACUGGACAAAUAGUUUAGAUCCAUCAUUAGAUCUCAAGAAAGUUGAAGUCCAAUCUGUUGACAAAUUCGGAAAUGGACGUGUCGGAUUUGUUAAGAUUUCUACCCAUACAGAAAGAAAUGGUAUCAAAAUACCAGGAAUUUGCAUGCUUCGUGGUGGAGCUGUUGGAAUGUUACUCGAAAUCACUGAUGAGCAAACAGGUGAGAAAUACUCUGUCUUAACAUCACAGCCACGUGUACCUACAGGCAAAAUCUUACUUGAAAUCCCAGCAGGAAUGAUUGAUGGAUCCGGUAACUUGAAAGGAGUAGCAAUUAAAGAGUUAGAAGAGGAAUGCAAUUUAGUCGCCAAGGAAUCUGAUCUUAUUGAUUUAACGCAAAAAGCUUAUGGCGAUUCAUUCCCAGGUGUUUACACUUCUCCUGGACUUCUUGAUGAGUUCUUGAGAUUGUUCCUCUGGAGAACAACAAUGCCUCACGAAAAGAUCCUUGCUCUCAAUGAGAAAUUAGGAGGAGAAGAUGCUCAUGAGCAAAUCGUUCUCAAAAUCGUGAAAUACAGCGAUGUUUGGAAAUAUACAGCAGAUACAAAGAGUUUAACAGCUCUCCACUUAGCUCAAGUUCUUUCUGCAAAUGGCCAAAUUUAA